AUGAUUGAAUCAUUUAUUUCACAUGGAGCCGAUAUCAAUGCGAAAGAUGAAGAAGGCAAUUCACCUCUUUAUUAUGCAUUUGAAGAGGAAUUUCUCCUUUCUAGUGUCAUUCAUUUAUUUUUCUUAUCCUCUGUAAUUUUCAUUUAUGAAAUAUUGGAUUUGAAUAAAAUAUAA